AUGAACAACAAUUUAAAUGUAUUACCAUCAACUAUUGCAAAGAUCGUCAUUGACUUUGUAUUAUAUUGUGAUUGGGUGUCAGAUGAUAAUACUACUACUAAUUGUAGAUCAUCAUUGAUCGACAAUGCAUUGAAUCUUUCAAUGGCUCAACUUUUAGAUAGUUGUAACAGAAUUAGUUCUGGAUCUCCUCUUUAG